UGUUGAACGUCUUGGUCCAGUCUUCCUGCUGAGAGUCUUUAUCUGUGGCAAGUGGCUGGCCAGACAAAUGGACCCAGCGAUGACUCAUCCAGGAAGUCACACAAGAUCCCAGAAGAACAUCCAAAGACCUGCAGGCCUCUGUAGCCUCAGCUAAGGCCAGUGUUCUUGACUCCACAAUUAGAAAUAGACUGGGCAAAAUGGUCUUCAUGGGAGAGAAGCAAAAGACCGAAAGAAACCUAAAUGCUCAGUUCACAUUCGCAAACAGAGCGCCUGGAUGAUCCCGAGGCCUUUUUGGAUUAUGUUCUAUGGACAAAUGCUGCUAUGUUAUUAUGUUUUGCCAAAAAUGAAGGAACUGCAGCCUACACAAUCAGGAAAGAAUGAUGAAGUCCGGAAAAGUCUUCCUCGCUGUGCUCUAUCUCCUGCUGUACAGCAGCUUCUCAACUGCCAAUCUCGACCCAGAUGUUGUAGAUCAAGUGGAGAAGGGUAUCAGCACCACUGUUGAAUUGUCAGAAAUCCUGAAUGAGCUGGUAGAGUGGGCUUCAAAAGCCGAAAAAGGGGGAAAGAUUAUCCAGAAAGCCAUUGGCAUCUUUGGCAAGCUUGGGAAGAUUGCAGCUAAUCUAGGUCCUCUUGGAGCAGUGGUGGGUUUAAUCUUUGCUUUUAUUCCAAAAGAGGACCCAUUGUUAGAGUUCAUGAAGGUCCAGUUUUCAGAGGUCAACAGGAAACUGGACUCCAUGGCACUGCAAAUAAACACUCUGGGAAAGGAAAUUGAAUGGGCAGCAUAUGCCAGCGCCUACUCCCGUGACGAGAACAACAUAAAGAAUGCCUGGAUUAAACUGAGAGAGUUCAUAGACCAUGCUGCUGAAGCAAAGACAAAAGAGGAGAAGAUGAGAGUGGCUGAAAGAUUUGUCACUUUCUACGAGACAACUGGAACAGAGAGCAGUGUUUUUAACUUUCACAGAUACCUGACUGAGAACAACCCAACCAGCCUGAAUCAGAACCUUUUAGUUCUUGUCACUCAAAAGUCUAAAGGGGAUUUUAAGACCCUUGUGCAAUUCACUUCAUAUUUUACUUCCCUGAUGGUCACUGGCCUGCAGCUGAAUCUGUAUUAUUAUGCCUUAAAGGGAUAUGAUGGUAAGCUUAAAGCGAAAGAGGCAGUCACACAGCUAUCCAACAUCCAAGAAAAGAUACAGGACGUCUUGAUUGAGUGCACAGACAACUUUGAGGUGUGGGCAGAGAAGGAUGUCCAGCAAAUAGGGACCAAUCCUUUGCCAGAUAAUAUAAAUCUUGCCUACAGGAUCAAGAAGCAUUUGGACAAGAAGUUCAACUGGUUUGAGUGGACAGUCAUUGUACAUGAGAAAAAAGAUGGAGAAGAGAGGACUAAUGGAAACUCCAUUAAAGUUAUCGCUCAAGACAAAGUAGUGAUACACCUCCUACACAGGGAGAAAGGGUUCACUGUAAAAGGGGGCAUUAAAACCGCAAUGAAACAGGAAUGGAAUAGAAAUGGAAAACUCUGUGCAAACAAAAUUUCCAAGUGGCCCAUUAUUUUUUCAAGUGUCGCUAUGAAGCAUGUAGAAUACAUUCAUGAGCCUUCAGAUUAUGAUCAAACAGUCGAUAAUGAGUUAGUGAAACUAGAAUGUCCAAUGACGAUGAUGAUUCUAUCUGGACAUGUGCAAUACACAGGCUACACAACAUUUACAAUAUAUUUAAGGAGUCAGAAACUUGUUGAAAACCGUCCUUGUUCUGAUGUGAACUGUAACAAUGGUAAAUGUAGACAAAUUAAGGACACGUCAGGUGGAAUCUGUAAGUGUGAGAAAAUGUUCUAUGGCCCAACCUGUGAGGGAAGUGUACAGAAUGACAUUGACUUUGCAGCCGUGGAGAGUGAGCUCAUUGGUAUCACUUUCCAGCCUGUGCCAGACUUGACUGCUAUUUAUUUUGAUCUUCGGGAAAUGAAAGAAUAUAUAGGAGCCCAGCUGGACAACCUACGUGUGUUUCGCUGUGGGGUAAAUGCACAAUGUUCCACCACAAACCACGUCCGGAGCUGUUCCUGCGUGAGUCCUUGGGUUCUGUGGGAAGGACAUGAUGCACACUCACAGGGAUGCCGCUACCAGAACCUGAGAUGGGUUCCUCGUUCCCAGAAUGAUGGUAUUCCACAACAUACUGUGAAAUCUCGAACCGAACACCAUAUUUGUCGAGCUAGAGGCCCAGAUGGUGGAUGGCAUGGAGGAUGGAUCUGGAUCCAUAGUGUCAACACCUGCAAUUAUGAAUAUGAUUGGAAGGAGAGGAGGGCUACCAGUUUUCAGGUGCUGGUGGACCCCUGUGGGAGCAGCGGAGUGCAGUGGUUGAGUGGAGGGAUAUACCACAACACUGUAGAGAUUGGCCAGGCUAUUUCAUGGCCCUGGAUUACAUACCUGGUGUGCAGUCAGAAGAGCAAUCCAGGCAUUCCAGGAAAACUCUUUCGAACGAGGCAUGGACUGAUGUGUCACUACGGCUAUAGAGACAGCGGGAAACGUGACAGCAAUUUCUACUCUCUUGUGAAGAAACAAUGUAUUUAAACUUGUUGAAUCCUUAUUUUUUUUCUUUCCAAAGCAGUCAAUUAUAGAUAUUAGUUAUUAGUAAUUGAGAAAAAAAUGAUUUGUGUUAUCCGGCAUUGUGCAGCAUAGAUUGUGUCACAUAAUUUUUUAAUCAUUAGAGAUAUGUUUUAAUUGAAUCUUUAAAAAAAAAUUUUUUUUAUUUAGGCUAUAAAAUAUUUCAAAAAUCAUAAUAAAUUAAUUUACCAAUUACUGUCUGUGUAAGACUGCUUAGCUUGUUUUAACAAAAUCUGUCUAGUCUAAUCUUAUUCUUAUCAA